UCCAUCUGCUGAUUGUUACAAUUACUAUGAUAUAUAACUUAAUUUCACUCAGAGUAGUCUAGGUUAGUUUUACCGCAAAUUACGAAUGAACGAAAUCUUGGUUCGUGACAAGGUUCACCUUGUUUCAAAAUCUUUUGUAAAAUGGCUACUACAGUAAUAGUAACUGGGUUAGGUCUUGCUGUGGCAGGUUUUGCUGGACGCUAUGUGCUUAAAAAUAUGCCAGCUUUUUCUCAAAGGAUGACAGAAACUUUGAAAAAUAUAUCACAAUUGGAUUCUCAAUCAUUAGCAAACAGCAAAUAUUAUAAAGGUGGUUUUGAAUCUAAGAUGACUAAGCGGGAAGCUAGUUUAAUAUUAGGAGUUCCACCUACCGCAAGUAAAGCAAAAGUAAAAGAAAAUUUUAAAAAAGUAAUGAGUGUAAAUCAUCCUGAUCGAGGUGGUUCUCCAUAUCUUGCAGCAAAGAUAAAUGAAGCUAAAGAUUUAUUAGAGAAAUGAUUAAAUAAUAAUUUAAUUAAAGUAGUAUAUAUAUCUAAUGAAUUUUCUUGUAAGAAAACAAAUUUCAGUGUACAUAAAAAUAUAAACUAUAUAUUGCAAAUAAUUUAAUGUCUAAUAAAUAAAUUCUUUGUAUUGUACAUUCAUUGCGAGGCUACAUUACAAUUUAAUAUGUACAUUUAAGGUAAUUAUACUAGAUGUAAUUCUUAAAAUAUAUUUUAUAUCUAAUCACAAAUACAAAAUCAAAUGUGGAAUAAUAUACAUAAAAUGAAAGGAGCUACAAAAUUGUAGAUCAUGUUAUGUGUUUUGUUGUAUUGCAUAAAGAUUUUAUAUCGUACGUGCUUGUCUUUAUCAUAAUAAAUUUACAAUAAAGUCAUUUAUACCUUCGGUCAAAAAUAAGGCAAUUAAUAUAUAUAUAUUACAAUGCAAUUUUGUAACACUCUAAUUUUGAAUGUAUAUUUACAACAUUGCUACGUGCUUAUCUAAUUAUACAAGUUUACUUUUAUUAUAUCAAUUUUGAAACAAGAAUUAAGGACUAGAUUAUUUCGGUGGAUAAUGGUAUCCUUUUAUAGAUACUAUCGCCUUAACUUAUUCUCUUUUUGUUCCAUACGUCGUUGUGUAACUUUUGUUCGUAAUUUUACUAUUGUGCUACCAGGCAGUGAUCCAGGUACUUUAAAAAUACUCUAGCAAAAAUUUAGACAAAUAUUCAAAUUAAUAUAUCUUUAUGUAGUCAUUAACACAUAUUUAAAAAAAUUAUUAUACUUUAUAUUUUUAAUUACAUGAUAAAAUAUCUUACCUGCAUGAAAUCAUGACACUGUAAAACAAUACUAUCUUUUGUAAUUUCUUUAAAACACUCAGCUAGCAAAGUAAAAUCUUGACAAGCUAAUAAAUUAUCUUUAUUUCGUUUUAUAAGUGUCAGUGCGACACGAAAUAUUAUUUUCGUACCUUCGUAAAACAGACAAUCCCAUAUACGCAAUGUUGUCUGUAAAUUUCAAAUGAUUAAGUAUGGAUAUUAUUUAUUUGAUAUUAUUAAAUUUAAAGAAAUAUUUUUAAAAAAUCAUUUAUUUUUACCUCAAUUGGCAAAACUUCAGCAAAUAAACACACGAACCACUUCGUUGUAAUCACUGGCCAUGGUAAUCCUAAAUUUGUUACAUGUUGAUAGAUGUCCGGCAUCUUUAUUCUAGAGUGAGAUUAUAAAUGUAGAAUAUCCCAAUGUGUUGGCCAAUAGUCUAGUUUUAUACAAUUCAUAGAAACAAAUUCUUAUUCGUAUUUGGAAAGAAUUACUAUGAAUUUAAUGGCUGAAAGAAUUUGUGUUUAUUUUACCUAACUAAUUCUGCCAAUACAUCUAUGUCGGUAAGCAGUCCGUCCAUUGUUGGAGUGUAGUAAUCUGGUAAAAUUUUGUCUAUUAAUACUUUUAAUAACCAAAAUGCUGUUUCUUCACUUUUAGUUACUAAUAAAAGUAAUCCUGCUAUGUAAUUAAGACCCUAAAAAAGAAAAAAUAAGAUAUUGUUUGAUAUGUGAAAAUAUUUAAAAAAUAUUUAUAAUACUAUUAUUUUUUACAUGGAAGUAUAUGAGUAAAACCUUACUUGACAA